UUUUCGUAUGAACAGCUUCCAUACUGAUGUCCCGAACCUCUAUAUAAAGCAGCCACCUUUCGCAUUCAUUUUCAUUGUGUUCAUGCACUAGAACAAGCAUUAUCUUGGAGUAGUAUUUCUUGAAUCAAAAUUGGAAAGAGAUAUUAAAACUUAUUUUAUGGAAGGUGGAGAAAGUUUUGUACCUGGUGGUAGUUUCCGGGGAGCUGAUUCUUCUAUAUGGAGAAGCAGUGCCAUGGAUGGUUUCUCUAAAUCUUCUCGUUCUCAAGAAGAAGAAGACGAUGAAGAAGCUCUCAAGUGGGCUGCAAUUGAAAGAUUACCUACUUAUGAGCGUUUAAAGAAAGGGUUAUUGACUACAUCUAAAGGUGGUGCAAGCGAAAUUGAUAUAGAGAAUCUUGGAUUUCAAGAAAGAAAAUCUUUGGUUAAUAGGUUGGUGAAUAUUGCAGAGGAGGACAAUGAAAGAUUCUUGUUAAAGCUCAGGAAACGCAUUGAUAGGGUUGGAAUUGAGCUUCCCACCAUUGAAGUUCGGUUUGAGCAUUUAUAUAUUGGAACAGAAGCUCAUGUGGGUGGUAGAGCAUUACCCACAUUCUUUAAUUUCUCUGUUGACAUAGUAGAGGGUUUCUUGAAUUAUCUUCAUAUCCUUCCAAAUAAGAAGAAACGCCUUGCUAUCCUUCAGGACAUUAGUGGAAUCAUUAAACCAACAAGAAUGACAUUGCUUUUGGGUCCUCCAAGUUCUGGAAAGACCACUCUUUUAUUGGCUUUGGCUGGAAAACUUGAUCCUAAAUUAAAGUUUUCUGGUAGAGUGACUUACAAUGGUCAUAGCAUGAAUGAGUUUGUACCCCAAAGAACAGCUGCUUAUAUCAGUCAACAUGAUACCCAUAUAGCAGAAAUGACUGUGAGGGAAACCUUAGCCUUUGCUGCUAGAUGUCAAGGGGUGGGACACAGAUAUGAGAUGUUGACUGAACUAUUAAGAAGAGAGAAAGCAUCAAACAUUAAACCUGAUCCUGAUCUUGAUGUCUACAUGAAGGCAAUUGCAACAGAAGGUCAAGAGAGUAAUGUGAUCACAGAUUAUAUUCUUAAGAUUUUAGGACUAGAAGUUUGUGCAGAUAUUAUGGUGGGGAAUCAAAUGUUAAGAGGCGUCUCUGGAGGACAAAGGAAGCGUGUUACAACAGGCGAGAUGCUGGUUGGACCAGCAAAAGCGCUGUUCAUGGAUGAGAUCUCUACUGGUUUGGAUAGUUCAACUACUUUCCAGAUUGUUAACUCAAUCAAGCACUACAUUAAAAUUCUUAAUGGAACAGCUGUCAUUUCUCUCCUUCAGCCAGCGCCAGAGACUUAUGAUCUCUUUGAUGACAUUAUUCUCCUAUCUGAUGGUGAAAUUGUGUAUCAGGGUCCUCGUGAACAUGUACUUGAAUUUUUCGAGUUUAUGGGAUUCAAGUGCCCCGAAAGAAAAGGAGUGGCAGACUUCUUACAAGAAGUGACAUCAAAGAAAGAUCAGCAACAGUAUUGGGCACGAAGAGACGAGCCAUACAGUUUUGUCCCAGUUAAGGAAUUUGCCGAGGCAUUUCAGUCAUUCCAUGUGGGAAGAAGAAUUGAAAAUGAGCUUUCUAAUCCAUUUGAUAAGGCAAAGAGCCACCCUGCUGCUUUGACAACAAAAAAAUAUGGUGUUGGAAAAAUGGAGCUUCUUAAAGCUUGCUUCUCGAGAGAGAUUUUGCUCAUGAAGAGGAACUCAUUUGUCUAUAUCUUCAGGCUUACCCAACUUGCAAUAAUGGCAACGGUUGGAAUGACACUCUUCCUCCGGACCGAGAUGCACCGAGAUUCAGUAAUUGAUGGAGGAAUCUAUGUGGGCGCUUUAUUCUAUUCUGUGAUUUUUAUCAUGUUUAAUGCCAUGUCAGACAUUUCAAUGACCAAUUCACAGCUUCCAGUGUUUUAUAAGCAAAGAAACCUCCUAUUCUAUCCUCCAUGGGCAUUUUCUCUUCCCCCAUGGAUCACUAAAAUACCUAUCACACUCAUCCAAGUUGCUCUUUGGGUUUGUCUCACCUAUUAUGUCAUCGGAUAUGAUCCCUGUGUUGGAAGGUUCUUUAGGCAGUACCUUCUGCUUGUUCUUGUCAGUCAGAUGGCUUCAGCAUUGUUUCGAUUUAUUGCUGCAGCAGGAAGGAGCAUGAUUGUAGCAAAUACAUUUGGGUCGUUUGCAUUGCUUACACUUUUUGCAUUGGGCGGUUUUAUAUUGUCAAGAGACAACAUAAAGAAAUGGUGGAUAUGGGGUUACUGGAUAUCACCAUUGAUGUAUGGUCAGAAUGCAAUAGUAGUUAACGAGUUCUUUGGAAAGAGUUGGAGCAAAGUUCUUCCAGGCUCAACAGAACCAUUGGGAAUUCAAGUUUUGAAGUUUAGAGGAUUCUUCCCAGAUGCGCAUUGGUAUUGGAUCGGAGUAGGGGCAUUGGUUGGAUUCACACUACUGUACAACUUCUGUUUCACUCUUGCUCUAACAUUCCUGGGCCCAUUGCAGAAGCCUCAAGCUAUUGUAUCUGAAGAUUCUGUAAGCAAUGAAUCAGAAGGUACAACAGGCAAUACUACCGCAGAGAGUGGGAGAGGCAAUUCAUCUGUAAGGACAGAGGUCAAAUUUGAAACCAACCAUCGGAACAAAAAGGGAAUGGUUCUUCCAUUUGAACCACAUUCCAUCACCUUUGAAGAUAUUAGAUAUUCUGUUGACAUGCCACAGGAAAUGAAAAAUCAGGGCGUGACUGAAGAUAGAUUGGAGCUAUUGAGGGGUGUCAGUGGUGCUUUCAGGCCAGGUGUUUUAACAGCUUUAAUGGGUGUUAGUGGUGCUGGUAAAACCACUUUGAUGGAUGUGCUGGCUGGUAGAAAAACUGGCGGAUAUAUAGAAGGAAACAUCACAAUAUCUGGUUAUCCAAAGAAACAAGAAACUUUUGCUAGAAUUUCAGGGUAUUGUGAACAAAAUGAUAUACAUUCUCCACAUGUUACUGUCUAUGAAUCUUUGCUCUACUCAGCUUGGCUUCGCCUGCCUCCUGAAGUGAACAGUGAAACCAGAAAGAUGUUCAUUGAGGAAGUCAUGAAACUUGUGGAAUUGGAGCAAUUGAGGCAAGCAUUAGUUGGAUUGCCUGGUGUAAGUGGCCUAUCCACUGAGCAGCGCAAGCGCUUAACUAUUGCAGUUGAGCUAGUGGCAAACCCUUCUAUAAUAUUCAUGGAUGAGCCGACUUCAGGGCUAGAUGCAAGAGCUGCUGCAAUUGUUAUGAGAACAGUUAGGAACACUGUGGACACUGGAAGAACAGUUGUAUGCACAAUCCAUCAGCCAAGCAUCGACAUAUUUGAAGCUUUUGAUGAGCUAUUUCUAAUGAAGCGAGGAGGUCAAGAGAUAUACGUGGGGCCAUUAGGCCAUCAUUCUUCCCAGCUAAUAAAGUACUUUGAGGGAAUUGAAGGAGUCCCUAACAUCAAGCAUGGGUACAAUCCAGCAACUUGGAUGUUAGAAGUUAGCAGUCCAGCUCAAGAAAUGGUUUUGGGAGUAGAUUUUGCUGCUGUUUACAAAAAUUCAGCAUUAUAUAAGAGAAACAAAGCACUUAUUGCGGGAUUAAGCACGCCUGCUCCCGAUUCAAAGAACCUGUAUUUUCCUACACAGUAUUCCCAGUCAUUUUUCACCCAAUGUAUAGCUUGUCUGUGGAAGCAACACUUGUCAUACUGGCGAAAUCCGUCAUACACUGCUGUGAGAUUUCUCUUCACAACUGUCAUAGCUUUGAUGUUCGGAGCAAUGUUCUGGAAACUUGGGUCCAACAUGACAAAGAGACAAGAUCUUUUCAAUGCAAUGGGAUCAAUGUAUGCAGCAAUUAUCUUUCUUGGAGUCCAAAAUGCUUCAUCUGUGCAGCCAGUAGUUGCCGUUGAAAGAACUGUUUUCUAUAGAGAGAAAGCUGCUGGAAUGUAUUCCGCUUUUCCCUAUGCCUUUGCACAGGUCUGGAUUGAACUUCCCUAUAUUUUCUUCCAAGCUAUGGUAUAUGGUCUUAUUGUGUAUGCAAUGAUUGGAUUUGAAUGGACUGCUGUUAAGUUCUUUUGGUACCUAUUCUUCAUGUACUUCACAUUAUUGUACUACACCUUCUAUGGGAUGAUGUCUGUGGCUGUAACACCAAAUCAACAUGUUGCAGCAAUAGUUUCCACCGCAUUCUAUUCUCUGUGGAAUCUAUUUUCAGGAUUCAUAAUUCCUCGACCUAGGAUUCCUGUGUGGUGGAGAUGGUAUGCAUGGGCAUGUCCAGUGGCAUACACAUUAUAUGGUUUAGUUUCCUCACAGUUCGGCGACAUUAAGCAUAAGCUCGAGUCAGGUGAAACAGUAGAAGAUUUUGUUAGGAGCUAUUUUGAUUUCAAGCAUGAGCUGCUUGGAGCAGUUGCAGCUGCAGUUGUUGGCUUUGCGACACUCUUUGCAUUUACUUUUGCCAUUUCUAUCAGGUUCCUCAAUUACCAAAGGCGAUAAAAAAACCUCUCACUUUGUAUUUAGUUUAGUAUAAGUUAGUAUCCUGAAUGUUAUGUGACAGUUUUAAACAACAAUCUGUUCAUGUUCUUUUUGGUAUUACGAUUCAAGUACUUCAAAACUUAAUUUCCUGUUCCUCAUAACCUUCUCCUGCAUCUUACUAUAAACCAACAACGCAGACUCCACUCGAGAUAAUAUAAAGAUGGUUGUUCUCUUUUUCAUCGGUAUCUUGUCUUUGCGGCUAUUGUCAAUAAUUUCAUUAUAUUUUUGCAGUUUUUGAUUGUAAUAUUGUAAAAAUACAAAAUGUUUUGUUCUUCGUU